UUACAAUUCAGCUUUGUGUUUUCUUUUCUUUUUUUGUAUUUUCGUGGAUAAUUAACAUCUUUGUUAUCGGUAUAGUUGAAAUGGCAAAUGAUAUAUUUUCACUUCUGAAGUGAUUCAAGCUGCUUUUCACAUUGUCGGUGGGUUACAAACGGUUGAUUAAGCAAAUAAUUCAACGGUUAAGGUCGUGAUUAUAUGCUUCAGAUUUAUGUUUUUCGUUUCAACAUGCAGUUUGCAGAAGUAUAUCGGACCUCUAGCUGUUACAGUGAAUGAAAUAUGCAGGCAUUUGUGGGAAAUAACUUGUAAGGCAUGGAGACUUGCUUUCCUUUGUGACAACAAUAACAGGUUCUCAUACCAACAAAAGUGUUCACUGGUCGCCAGCAUUGACACAAACGAAAAGUAUCGAUUCAAGCAGUGUACGUGAAGAUUUUCACAUGGAUACUGAUCUGGAUAGUUCAUGUUCAAAAGGACCGGAUGCUUCCGUCGAUCCUCCUCUUCGUUCAAUGAGGGAGGAACUACUCUCCCCACAGCCGGUAUCCAAAGAUUCAAGUUCAGGAACUGUGAACCUGUCAAGUAUAUUGGAUCCGCAAACACAACAGGAAAUUGCUGCACAUUGGAUUACCGUGUAUGGUUUCUCUCGUGAAGAUGCAACAAAUGUCCUUAAAUUAUUUGCACGACAUGGAACAGUUGUUGCUCAUCGGUUUCCUAGAGAAGGCAAUUGGAUGUUUUUACGUUAUGCUUCACCCAUUCAUGCCCAACAAGCUCUUUCGCGAAAUGGACAAAUUAUAGAUGGCCGUUUGCGCCUGGGAGUAGUUCCAGUUGAUAAUGAGGAGUUGGUGAAUUUGGAAGAUGAUGACUAUUUAAACUCAUUUUCACAAACAAAUAAUGAAAACAUUCUCCACUAUGGCCAUAGUAGAUCGAUUUUGGCGGAAAAUUCCUUUUUAUCUGGAGUUGGCCCGUUAUCUUCACCAAUUACACCCUCUCGUCCUUUGGAAACAACUUUUAAUCAGUCCCUAAUUGGGUCAGCCGCCCGCCCAGGAAUUCGCUCUCUACGUGCUUCUUUCAAUGUACUAGAUAAUUAUUAUCGGGUUGGCGAAGAAACAGAACCAGAGAAGUCCCAUGGAUUGUUGGAUAAAUUGUGGAGUUUUGUUUCAUAAUGAGAAGCCAAGUGUUAUUAAAUAUUGGUUCGCAUUUCUUUGUAUCUCAGCAGCCAAUG